AUGAUCUCGGAUCAUCUCCAACCUUCUCUUGAUGAGCAGAUCCGCGUCGAAUCCGACACGAACGACACAAAACAGCCUCCCACAAACGGAGGAGACCAGGAAACCCCAUCAUGCACCAUAUGCCACCAUUUCGCCAACGGCUUCGAGACCAGCACGCUAACGGCAGACUUUCUUGUUUCUGCUGGCAAAUGUCAAGGAUGUUCAAUAAUCUUGCAGGCUCUUGAUGCCGUCACCGAUAUUCGACGGCCGGAAUUCACGACUAUCGAUAUUAGGCGCAAAGAAGCGGUCGACUAUUGGCAUCUUUUCGACCCCCAGAAUGUCUUAAAUGUGGCAUGCAAGCAGGAGGGUGAACCAUAUGGCGGUAUGGUGCUGUUUGGCCGAAAGUAUGUGGACAAGAGACCGAAUGAUUACCAGAUCUACACUCCGGUUGAUGCUGGAGAAGAUUCUGCUAUUCCGUGGCUCGGUAUACGCAAUAGUGAAAAAGACAAGUACCGAGAGCUAUUAAGCAACCUCGAAGACCGUUUGAGCCAAGCGCGCAGCUGGUUCGAGCAAUGCAAGGCUGAUCAUUCGUUUUGUGCGCCAGAGAAGGGUGAAUGGCCACGUCGUGUCCUCGAUCUCGCGACUAAUCCUAUCCGCCUUGUGGAUAGCGCAUCGAUCGCAUCAGCCUCAUCACAACAUCAGGAAGGUUAUGCUUGUCUCAGUUACGCAUGGGGCACGACCGGCCCCCUCAAGACGUUGAAAAGUAAUCUCGAGACCCAUAUGCAAGGCAUCGACAUUUCGACACUCCCUCCCACCCUCGCCGAUGCCAUCCACGUGUGCAAGGCUUUUGGCUUGCGAUACCUAUGGAUUGAUGCGCUAUGCAUAGUACAAGAUGAUAUACAAGACUGGACGGACCAAAUUCCACGCAUGAAGUCCAUCUACCCAGGAGCCGAGCUGGUCAUCUCGGCACAGAGUGCAUCCAGCGUCCAGGAAGGAUUUCUGUCCCUCAGCCCUGCUGCGAAUGCACCUCUCAAACGCAUUGAGGUACCCUUUCGCAUGCCAAACGGCACGUCUCGCACAGUCCAACUCUCCAUUCGCGAGCGCGAGGAACAAUACUGGAGCAAUCCAGCACAUCAUUCGUCGCGCCCCAAUAUAGACGGUGUCGACAUUGACGAACUUCUCACCCCCCUCGCGACCCGCGCAUGGGUGUUCCAAGAGAGCUUUCUAGCGCGCAGAAUACUAUAUGCUACACCAUCUGAACUAGCCUGGCAGUGUAGCCAGCACGAGAGAUGCGAGUGUCGGAAAAAGGCAAAUGAAAACACCGUUCGAUCUGUCGCAGAAGACGAGAAUUUCUUCAACCUGCGUACUCUCGGUCAGCUACUCCGUGUAGAAGACUCCCGCGCGAACGACCAACCCAAUUUCAACCAUGCGAAACUAUGGGCUGAGAUUGUAGCACGGUAUUCGGAAAAGAGAUUGACCAAAUGGACUGAUCGCUUAGCCGCAAUACAAGGCGUAGUGGGAGCGUUGCAACAAGCCAUGCCUGACAAGUUUAAGGAGGCAGAUUACCUCUUUGGCCUCUGGGAACCACAGCUAGAAAAGUGGCUGUUGUGGCUUCGUCCCCAUCGGAAGCAGCCUGGCGACUCAGAGGCAGUUGCUACACUGAAGAAGAUGGCGCCAUCUUGGUCCUGGAUGACGACUAUUGGAAAAGUCAUGUACUAUGACUUAAUCUUUGACUCGAAUGUUGUGAUUUACACACGAGUGGCGACCUGGGAGCACAAGGAGUCUGAUAGCUCCGAGACAGAGGUAUUCGGAGCGGGCAAGUGUGAGCUGACGCUCACCGGCUUUUGCCUCCCAGUCCGGUCACCGUUUCCACUUGAUGAGGAUGAACAGGGGGAAGUGCGUUCGUACAACCCUUUCCUCAUUCCCGAACGCUUUGCAGACGUUGAUGUCAUCGGCCCCGCAGUCAUCGACAUGAUACCAGACGACCCGACGGACACAGCCGUGUUUUCCCGCGUCACGCAUUUCGCGCCUAUAUUAUGCGUCCCGAGUAGCGAUGGCUCAAAAUGGUGUUUCCAGGGCUUGUUCUUGGAGAGGAUAUCUACCGAGGGAGAGCCGUAUACGUGGGAGGAGGAUGGUCACGUUUGGGAAGCCACGUACGAGGGUACAUUCAAAAGAGUAGGGUUUGGCUACGAUGACUGCUCACAGAUGAAUCUUCACUUUGAUGAUUACCGGGACGCUUUCAAGGAGGCCUGCUCGUUUAAACUUGUUUGA